ACAAUAAAAUCACCUAAUAAAACAAAGAAGAAAAAAAAAUAUAUAUAUAAAUAUAUAUAUAUAUAUUCCGACGAGGGUGAUCGAAACGGCGAUGGUUGACCAGCAGCGUAGUCGGCGUGUUGCCGUGGUGGCGGUGCUAUUAUUACAACUGGUGGUAGUGAGCGAUCUGUGGAAUACCGUGGGAGCUGCGAAUUCGGUGUCGGCUUUCGUUCAGAACGCAAUUUUGUCCAACAAGAUUGUCAUCUUCUCCAAGUCCUACUGCCCGUAUUGCUUGCGGUCGAAACGUAUAUUCAGACAACUUAAGGAAGAGCCAUUUGUUGUUGAGCUUGAUCUGAGAGAGGAUGGAGAUCAAAUCCAGUAUGAGCUUUUAGAAUUCGUUGGUCGCCGUACUGUCCCUCAAGUUUUUGUUAACGGCAAGUAUAUCGGUGGAUCUGAUGAUCUUGGAGAUGCUCUGGAGAAUGGUCAGUUGCAAAAGCUUCUUGCUGCCAGUUGAUUUUGCACAACCUGGAAUGUGAAAUUUAAUGUGAUUUAGAGGAUAUAGGGAUACUAUUUGCUAGUAGUAGUAGACUGAAUAAGUGAUAUUGGUAUGUCUCUGUGUAUCGGUUUCUCCUUAUAAAAGUUAUGAUGAUGAUGCAUUGAUAAAAGUCUUGAUCUUUCGUUAUCACCAUUGCUCUGGUGAUGGUUUUUGCUUAA